AUGGAAACUUUCGAACAUAAUCAGAAGUUGCUUGAAAGCUAUUUAAAACAUGAUCAUCAUUGUAAGAAAGUCUACCGAUGUUACUAUUUGAGCAAAGAGGAUGUGAAGUGUGAAUUCAUGGGAUCUCAUUCGGCGAUGAUCGAACAUUUUGCAACGCAUACUGGCUGCUACAAUUGUGCCUGCAAAAGAUGCGGUCGAAAGUUUGUGGAACUUCUCGGAUUCUCCAAUCAUCUCAAAGAAUGCGGCAUGCAUUAUGAUCUUAUGCUUCUACCCUGUAGCAUGUUUGCCAGCUACCUACAUUCAAGACUCUACAGUUGUUGUGUUUCUAUGGAAACGCGGACCAAUGCGAUUCAGUUCAGGGAGACACAGGAAGACGAUUAUUGGGAAUGGAAAGGCGUUCAUUUUGUGACUGUCGAGAGGAAUCCGCCUGACCAUUCUUGGACAUCUUUCACUACGGACGCUAAGGUGGCUCCAGGCAAGAUGAUCUCCCCGAUCCAUUCCACAUUCUACCGAACUAUGGGAAUGGAGCAUUUGGCUGCUCAUCAAAGAAUGCAAAUGGAUCAGCCCUCUGGUGGGAAGAGCCGAAAGAGAAAGGCUUCUCUGAGUAUUUCGGAAUUAUCUGGGUUUGUCACCCCAAUUGUCAAGAUGAGAAAUUCCAAGUAA